GGUGCUGAUUUAGUUUUUCUGUGAUGACCGGGCAUAUUAAAGACACAGUUUUUCUAUAGCAUCGGGAGCCACAACCCUUUUGAAGUUGUUUUGCUUUUACAUUUCCUAAUUUACUGUUGCAAUGCACGGUCUGGCUGGGCUCGUCUGCCUCCCGGCCACCCUGGUCCUCUUGCUCCUGUCCAGCUGCAGACCAGUCGGGGGAUAUUUUGCGGAGGAGCGCUGGAGCCCGGAGUCUCCGCUGCUCGCUCCCCGGGUCCUCGUCGCCCUCAUCUGCCGGAACUCCGAGCACUCUUUGCCGCAUUUCCUCGGUACUAUUGAGCGCCUCAACUAUCCAAAGGAUCGCAUGGCUAUGUGGGUAGCAACUGAUCAUAACGAGGACAACACUACAAGUAUUCUGCGCAACUGGCUUGUCAAGGUGCAGAGCUUGUACCAUUAUGUGGAGUGGCGGCCAAAACUGGUUCCCAGAAACUAUGAGGAUGAAGACGGUCCAAAACAGUGGACAGAUUCCCGUUAUGAGCAUGUUAUGAAGCUUCGUCAAGUAGCACUUGAGUCAGCUCGUGAGAUGUGGGCGGACUACUUUAUGUUGGUGGACUGCGAUAACCUCCUCACCAAUCCUGAUGUGCUGUGGAAGCUCAUGAAAGAGAAUAAGACCAUUAUCGCUCCAAUGCUUGAUUCCCGUGCAGCUUACUCAAACUUCUGGUGUGCAAUGACCUCAGAGGGUUACUAUAGGCGCACCCCUGCUUACUUGCCCAUGAGGAAGCGUGCACGAAAGGGCUGUUUUGCAGUUCCCAUGGUCCACUCCACCUUCCUGGUAGACCUCAGGAAAGAGGCGUCCAGGGACCUGGUCUUUCACCCACCGCACCCAAAAUACAACUGGGCUUUUGAUGACAUCAUUGUGUUUGCUUUCUCUGCUCGGAUGGCAGAUGUUCAAAUGUUUGUAUGUAACAAAGAGAUCUAUGGUUACUUCCCUGUACCACUGCGAUCCCACAAUACUUUGCAAGAUGAAGCUGAUAGCUUCUCGCACACCGUGCUGGAGGUGAACGUGCGAAAUCCCCCAGUGAUGCCUUCCAAAUACAUACAUGUUCCUAGCAAACAACUUGACAAACUGGGCUUUGAUGAGGUGUUCAUGAUAAACCUGCAGAGGCGGACCGACCGCAGAGAACGUAUGAUGAGAGCAUUGCACGAGCAGGGGAUGACUUGUAAGGUCACUGCAGCUGUAGACGGAAAAGCGAUGAAUGUCAGUGACAUUCAUGAUAUGGGCAUUCAUAUGCUCCCUGGAUACAGUGACCCUUAUCACGAGCGCCCACUAACGAAGGGAGAGCUGGGUUGCUUCCUUUCCCACUAUAACAUCUGGAAAGAGAUUGUAGAGCGAGGCUUGAAAACAUCUCUGGUGAUUGAAGAUGACCUGCGCUUUGAGAUCUUCUUCAAACGUCGCUUGAUGAACUUGAUGAGUGAAAUAGAGGAAGAAGGACUGGACUGGGAUCUCAUUUAUAUUGGUCGGAAAAGAAUGCAAGUGGACCACCCAGAGAAAGCUGUUCCUAAUAUACACAACUUGGUGGAAGCUGACUAUUCAUAUUGGACAUUAGGCUAUAUGAUAUCAUUACAAGGUGCAGAGAAGCUCAUGAAAGCAGAACCAUUAAAGAGAGUUUUACCAGUGGAUGAAUUUCUUCCCAUCAUGUUUGAUAAACACCCUGUUUCUGACUACAUGGACCAGUUUGAGACCAGGAACCUGCUGGCAUUUUCAGCAGAGCCUCUUCUAGUGUAUCCAACCCAUUACACCGGUGACUCAGGUUACAUCAGCGACACAGAAACUUCCACAGUGUGGGACAAUGAUAAGGUUCGUACAGACUGGGACAGAGCGCGCUCAGGAAAAACUCGGGAGCAAGCUAAGAUCAGCACCGAGGCACAGAACUCAGAUGUGCUCCAGUCUCCUUUGGACAGCACAGCACGGGACGAGCUAUGAAAGGAACCGAGGAGGCGCACAGGGCUAAUCACAUUAGUUUUUAAAUUACGUUUCAUUUUGGUACACUUUUCUUGCAUUACAGCAGGGAUGUGACAAGUUAAAAAGGGAUCAGGUGUGUUUUUUUCUAUCACAUCCAUUUUUACUUUUUACCUUAUAAAUGCACUAGACUUGCCAUAUGGAAUGGCAUUUGCAGUACCCAACUCCUGUCUGUCAUACAGAAAUGAACCUAUGUAUUAGAAAAGAACUUAAUUGGACUGUUAUAUUUCAGUCUUUGGACAGUUAGCUUUAUUGUCAUAAUUUGGCAUUACACUGUGAAAUGGGAUUCAUAUCCUACAAAUGAAUUAGGCUACAACAAUAUGUGACUGAGCAAAUACCAGACUUAAACUGGCAUUUAUGUCUUGAAUCUAACCAGCAGUUAGUCUAAGCUCAUUGGUCUCUGUUGUGAAAACUGCAGGAAGAGAAACAUCUGCAUAUACUUUGUUUUGAUCUUUAGUAUUUUCUCUUUCUAAACAUCCUCAUCAUUUGAAUAGUCACCUACCAACAUUUCAAGUACUUACAGCUUAGCUUUACAAAACCCAAAGAAAACUGUUUGUGUUAAUCCCUAAUCAUCGAUUUGCAGUGCUACUGUAGACUAUAAACUUUUAGUUUGUACUCCACAGUUAUUCCUGUGUCCUUUGGUACUACUUCUGUAUUGCUUCCAGACCAAUACCACCAACCAGCGGUUGACAGGGUUAUAGGCGAGGCAAACCAUUGUACACGCCUCAGACUUGGCGGUUUUGGAGGAACAUGGUUACAAAUGCCCUUCGUGGUCCCUCAGAAAGACUUCACACAGGCACAGCCAAACACAUAUCAGUUAGUCACUACACCUCUUAAUCACACUCCCACUAUUUAAUCUAAAUUUGGGCACCUUGGGUGAGAAAGACUUGAUAAACGGCUCCUGCGAGGAGAUAAGAUGUAAUGUUUGGAUCAUCUUGUUUUUUGCAGCUUAUUUGUUAUGUCUUGGUUUUGACUCGCAUGGCUACACUAAAGCUCCCAAGAAAUUGAUUUCAGCUGGUUAAUGUAUGUUCACCCACAGAUCAUUUACAAUAAUGUUUGUGGUCCAUUGUGCCAACAACAAAUAAUAAAAUGUUAUAUUUUU